CUCUGCUCUGCGCUGUGACACCGCACCUGGAGCGCUGCGUCCACAGCUGGAGUGCUCAGCACAGCAGAGACGGGGGCCUGCUGGAGAGCGUCCAGAGGAGGGCCGCACGAAUGGUCAGGAUGGAGCAGCUCCCUGUGAGGACGGGCUGAGAGCUGGGGCUGUGCAGCCUGGGGAAGAGGAGGCUGAGCGAGACCUGAGGGCGGCCUGCCUGUGUCUAAUGGGGGCUGUAAGAGAGGUGGGGACAGGCCCUUUAGCAGUGUCUGCUGUGACAGGACAAGGAGAAAUGGUUUCACACUAAAAGAGGGGAGAUUUGGGCUGGAUGUAAGAAAAAAGGCUUUUAUGAUCAAGGUGGUGAGGCACCAGAACAGGUUGCCCACACAAAUGGUGGAUACCUGUUACUGGAGACAGUGUGCCCAGGUGGCCAAGAGGGCCAACGGCAUCCUGGCCUGCAUUAGAAAUGGUGUGGCCAGCAGGAGCAGGGCGGUAAUCGUCCCCCUCUACUCAGCACUGGUGAGGCCGCACCUCGAGUGCUGUGUUCAGUUUUGGGCCCCUCACUACAAGAAAGACAUUGAGGCCCUGGAACGUGUCCAGAGAAGGGCAACAAAACUGGUGAAGGGUCUGGAGCACAAGUCUUAUGAGGAGCGGCUGAAGGAGCUGGGAUUGUUCAGUUUGGAGAAGAGGAGGCUCAGGGGAGACCUCAGUGCACUGUACAACUUCCUGAAGGGAGGUUGUGGUGCAAAAGGGUCUGGCCUCUUCUCCCAGGCAAAUAGUAGGACCCGAGGAAAUGGCCAGAAGUUGUACCAGAGGAGGUUUAGGUUGUACAUUAGGAGAAACUUUUUCUCUCAGAGAGUGGUCAGGCACUGGAAUGGCUGCCCAGGGAGGUGGUGGAGUCGCCGUCCCUGGCAGUGUUCAAGAGGCGCCUGGAUGAGGAGCUACGAGAUGUGGUUUAGUAGCUUGUGGUACUGGGGAUGGGAGGGUGGUUGGACUAGAUGAUCUUGCAGGUCGGUUCCAACCUUGCGAUUCUAUGAUUCUAAGGUCAGGCUAGAGGGGCUCUGAGCACCUGAUGGAGCUGUAGGCAUCCUUCCUCCUUGUGGGGGAAUUGGUCCAGAUGACCUUCAAUAGUCCCUACUAACUCAACUUAUUCUGUGAUUCUAUGAUUCUGUUCUAUGACUGUAUGGAACAUUUGAUCUCUGGCUCAUUGUUACAAGAAAAUAGCAACCAGAAGUGAGAGCCUACAAGCUGUUUUGCCUCAAGGAGAGCAGGCAAGGCUUCCCUUCCAAACAGAACCUCCAUAGAGCCUCGGUCUGGAUGGUGGGAAAUCCAGACCAGAGCCAGCUCCUGGCUUAUUCCUCCACCUGGUGCCAGCUCAGCGCACCUACCUUCUCGGAAUGGCUGGGCAUACUUCCCUUCCCCAUCGGACACCUCCAGAGCUCCCAGUAUUUCCUCGCACCCGGGACUGCCCCGGCAAGGACCGUUCUGGAGGAGAUCCCUGCGGCUCCCAGCUCGGGCUGGCUCGGCAGAUGGAGCUGCUCCCCAAGGAUGCAGAGGAAUGCUGAGCUCAGACACCGCUUAAAGCAGAGAGCGCUGCGCUGGGCAAGGAGAUUAUUUCUGCAUUUUCUUUCUGCCGGAUGGGGAACGAGGGGUUUGUUUCAGUGAGAGCUGAACGACUGUGCCGCACGCUGCUCCAUUCCCGCAGGUGAGGGGCUCAGAGGAACAGAAAACCCUGGGAAAUAUUUCUGCUCCAGACGUGAUCUGGACUCGCCUGGCUCUAGGGGGAGUGUUUGCAAAGCCACGAGCCAGCAGCGAUCACAGUGAGACGAGCUAUCAGCUCUCAGUGCAGUAGGCAGCGCAGGGACAUCAGCGCCCAUUCCCCGUGCACAAACCUCCCGCAGCCCCUGGCAAUGCCUGCGUCCACGGCCGGUCCCUUCGCGCUAAGUCCUGCUGGCUUCGUAGCUAAGCUGUGCGAUAAAGCUGUCCUUCCCUCGCUCCCCUUCUCCGCCUGCGGCGACAGCGGAACCUCUUCUCUCGCAGCAACGGCGGUUUGUCUUAGAGAAAUCCCAGCUAGCAGGCAGGUUGGGAGGGCAAAAAGAGGAAGGAAGGAGGAAGAAGAAAACUCAAGGGCGGCAACUCAGAGCUGAGUACACAAAAACAUCUUCAAAGCAAGGAGCUUGUUUUUCAAAUACACCGUGGUUUCGCUGGAAACAACCAGAGCUGAGCCGGGAGCGGGGCCAAUCCCAGGGCUGCUGCCAGCCCCGAGCCCUGGCAGCGCGCCCUAGUGCGCGUGUAACCCAACCUGCACCCAAACUGCCCCCGUCCCACGCCGAGACCGAGAGGCCCCCGACCCACACCGACAGGCUGCCACCUCUUCGGGGCACUACGACCUUUCUUUUUCCUAUUCUCUGCAGUCCCUUGCCAAAGGAUGGGUUCCACAACAGCAAUAUUUGCCCGUGAUGCUUUUAUCCUUUCUGGCUCUUUUUCAGGUCCAAGCAUUGCUCACCCUGACAACUUGCUGGAAAAAUAUCCCAGUGUCUCCUUUUGGUGACAGGGAGGCUGCUGUGAUCAAUAUCAAACACAGUGACCUCUGGUAUUUCUGAUGGCUCCCUGGGCAGCUAAUCAUCUCCAUAUACUUAGUUACUGAUGUCACAGUGGUGCGGGUAAAUAUUCCUGACAUAUAUUGCUGGGGAAUGCUGUGCUAAGCAAGAUGGAUUUCUUUCUUCUUCCCCUCCGUACGCACUGCUCCUGCGAAUGUGAGAUCCUAAGGGUGCAUCAGACCGCACAAAUCCCCAGACUUGUGUCACCUGCUCCAUCUUCUGCCAUUUUUGCUGCCUGCCACUGGAUGCUUUUUCAGAUGCUGGGAUCUUGGCAGCUCUUGAUACAGCUGAGCUGUGUGUGGCAUUACUGUGCAUUUCUCGACAAACUAAGGUUUUUGGCUUUAACAUAGACCUGGUCUGGCAACAAUUCUAGUCUAACACCCUAAUCACAAACUCUGUGCUUACAUAUCUUCCACCCCUUUUGCAGCAUGGACUCUGGCUUGGUGUAAGAUAUGUGCCUUGGGAGUUACAGGACUUUAAUAAGGACAAGAAAUGGUGGAUUGGAUGAAGGGAAAUAUCCUUUUCCCCAGGUGGAAUGAGAUGGGUUGCUGUGUGACAGGAGCGCUCUGCAUUCUCUAUACACAGAUGGGAAAACCUGGCAGAGCAAACAUUCCAUAUAAAAACACAAAAAUUUUGAUCAAAUAGUGCUGUCCAGCCCCAAUCCCCAAGUAGCAGCCCUUCUCCCCAGCCCUGUUCUCCGGGCUGGAUGCAACAGGAUGCAAUAUGGUCGCGGCCAGGUGAUGGCCAUGGGAAUUCUGGCAUCAUCCCACUCCAAAAAAACUCAGUGAGCAGGCUGUGCCAGCACAGAGCAAAGCGAGCUGAAUCCACAGGGCUUGGAGAUCCACAAGAAUCUAGGGCUGUUAGAGUUAGUUCAUUUUUUUCACUGGUCAUAAUCCUCUGUUUUGUAAACUAACACAGCAGAUGUGAGUGAAGAAGUUUGGAAAGGAGACAGGGAACACCUUCACACAGUAUUGUGGCUCUUCCUUCAACAGGAAUAGAAAAAAUUAAGCAGCAAGGUUCUUAACCAAGGGCUCAUGGAAAGUCAGAUUACGCACCGCAAAGAAAAACAUGACAAAACUAAAAAAGAACAGGACAAAGAAAUCUAUUGGACCAGAAACUUCACACCGGUGAAGCAGAAGCCAUCCAAGGAGUUGAGGCCCAUGCUGGGGGCUGUCACGCUGGGCCUCAUCCUGUUCAUCGCCGCGGUGGUGGCCUGGUGCUACUACACGGUGUCCCUGCGGAAGGCGGAGUGGCUCAAGACGGAGCUGAUGGACCUGCGGGCGGACGGCUUCAUCAUCAGGAACCAGCACGGGGAGGUGGUGUUCCGGCUGGCGUUCCGCUCAGGGAGCCUGGACCUGGAGUCGUGCUCCAAGGAGGGCGAGAUCCUGAGCUGCACGCGGUCGGACCGGGGGCCGCUCAACUUCUUCAUCCAGACGGUGAAGCCCAAGGACACGGUGAUGUGCUACCGCGUGCGCUGGGAGGAGCUGGCGGCCGGCCCGGCGGUGGAGCACACCAUGUUCUGGGAGGACGCCCACUGGUACGGGGGCUCGGAGAUGAGCACCCAGCACUGGCCCAUCCGCCUGGCGGGCUACCAGGAGCCCGUGCCCUACGUCACCAGCGAUGUCUACUCUUUCCGCGACAGCUUCGGGGGCAUCCUGGAGCGCUACUGGCUCUCCUCCAAGGCGGCGGCCAUCAAGAUCAACGACUCGGUGCCCUUCCACCUGGGCUUCAACGCCACCGAGCGCUCCCUCUUCUUCCAGGCCCGCUACAAGGACUCUCCCUACAAGCCCCCGCCGGGGCAGCAGCCCUUCCCCGAGCUGAGCUACCGGGUGUGUGUGGGCUCCGACGUCACCUCCAUCCACAAGUACAUGGUGCGCAGGUACUUCAACAAGCCCUCCAAGAUCCCUGCUGAGAACGCCUUCCGAUACCCCAUCUGGUCCACGUGGGCCCUCUACAAAAAAGAUAUUGAUCAGGAUAAACUUCUACAUUUUGCAAGAAACAUUAAGAAAUACCAUUUCAAUUGCAGCCACAUUGAAAUUGAUGACAUGUACACACAGGCCUAUGGGGACUUUGACUUUGACCCUGUCAAGUUCCCCAACGUAACUGAGAUGUUUGCAAAACUGAGGGAAGAUGGCUUUAAGGUCACUCUGUGGAUUCAUCCCUUCAUACAUGUGGAUUCCUCAAAUUUUGGUGUGGGGAUUGAGCGUCAGCUCUUCAUCAAGGAGCCAUCGGGGCGGCUGCCAGCCAUGGUGGAAUGGUGGAAUGGCAUUGGGGCCAUCCUGGACUUUACCAACCCAGCAGCCCGGGACUGGUUCCAGAGUCACCUGCACCAGCUGCGUCACAAGUACGGCAUCUCCUCCUUCAAAUUUGACGCAGGUGAGACCAGCUACCUGCCCAAGCAGUUCAGCACCUUCCGGCCUCUCUCCGACCCCAGCAUCUGGUCCCGGCGCUACACCGAGAUGGCCAUCCCCUUCUACGAGCUGGCUGAGGUACGGGUGGGCUACCAGUCACAGAACAUCUCCUGCUUCUUCCGCAUCAUUGACCGCGACUCUGUGUGGGGCUAUGAGCUUGGCCUCAAGUCUCUCAUCCCUACAGUGCUCACCAUCAGCAUGCUGGGUUAUCCAUUCAUAUUGCCAGACAUGAUUGGAGGAAACUUCCUCCCCAACAAGACGGAUGGAGCAGUUGAGAUCCCGGACCGGGAGCUGUACAUCCGAUGGCUGGAGCUGUCGGCCUUCAUGCCCUCCAUGCAGUUCUCCAUCCCACCGUGGCUCUACGACAAGGAGGUGGUGGAGAUCGCGCAGAAGUUCACGGAGCUGCACGAGUCGCUGGUGGCCCCGCUGCUGCUGGAGCUGGCCGGGGAGGUCACCGACACGGGAGACCCCAUCAUCCGGCCCAUCUGGUGGAUCUCGCCCCGCGACGAGGCCACGCAUCGCAUCGACUCGCAGUUCCUCAUUGGGGACACCCUCAUGGUGGCUCCUGUGCUGGAGAUGGGCAAGCAGGAGCGCGACGUCUACCUGCCGGCGGGCAAAUGGCGCAGCUACAAGGGGGAACUCUUUGAGAAGACGCCAGUGCUGCUCACGGACUAUCCUGUCGACCUGGACGAGGUCGCCUACUUCCUCUGGGUUUCCUAACCGGAUCCUCCAUCUGCUUUGCUAUGGUCUUGUGGAUUAGUGAACACUUGAUUUGAAUGACCUCAGAAUUUUAAUAGUUUUUGAAGUAGAAAUGUAUAAUUGUUUAAGUAAGAAGAAAUAUUAUCACCUUUCUUAGUGUUGCAAUUGCAGUGGAGUAAUAAAGCAACAUAUUGGAUGUA